GGAAUGUAAACAACAAUGAAAACGUUCGGAGCUUUGACCUACCUCAAUUACGUUCAGUCUAGUUCGACACUUCGACGAUUAAAUGAUUGUUACCAACAUAGUUCGAUUGUAGCGACUCGUUGCGGUCUUUUUUCUGAUUUGAUUCAAUUGGUUUUACAAAAAGUUAGAUUAAUUAUAUUGAAUUGUUCUUCCUUCGAUUAUACAAUUAUGGCCUCUUCGUGUUUGAUUUUACAACGAGGUAUCUCAACUUCGUGUGUUAAUUAUGGAAAGCGUAAUUUUCGUAAAUUUUUAUUUUUUAAUAAACGAGGUAGUCGAGAUUUCAAAAAGAAGCAGUCUACAGAUCCCUAUCCGGAUUAUCCAAUAGACAAAAGAGGAGUAAGGGAUACAGGUUUUAAGAUAGGAAAUAGAUGGAUUAAUGUUCCGGAAAUGGUACCUGAACUUAUCGUUCCAUCUUUAGAAGGUUUUACUUUGAAACCAUAUGUAUCGUAUAAGGUAGAGAAUAUUAGUCAAGGAGAAUAUACCGCUAAAGAUCUCUUUAAUGAGAUAUAUGCUGAAAAGAUUGAAGAGGAUUUUAAUAAACAAGAAUUGGAUCCAAAUGGAGAUCCUAUGAAUCCUAGCGAAUAUGAAAAACUUACUCCGCAAGAAGCAGCAGAUCGUGCCAAAAGAACUGGUACCGAUAUCUUUUGCGAAAAUGAUAGAUGUAAAUACAGUACUAUUAUAGAUUAAAAGAUAUUUUCGUAUCAUUCGAUAGUAAUGAGAUACAUUAAAAUAUCAUAAGAGUUUGAAAUUAAAUGUGAUGUAAUAUUUGAUGUUACAAUAAAUUAUAAAUAAGUAUUUCUAUAUAUGUUAAAGAAGAUAAGGGAAUGAAUUAAUCAUUUUUUUUUUAUCCACAUAUGUUUUAUUUGGUACAUUCUAUGCACGCGUGUAUUACAUAUGUAGAAUGAUUUAUAAACAGUAACUACUGAUCUAUCAUUUGUAACGAAUAAAGAAACGAGCAAAUAUCUAUUUUCUCUAGGAGGACAAAAAUGGAGUUUUCCAUAUACACCUUUAUAACUUGUUUUAUAAUAAUCUUUGUAUGAUGGUAAACUCAUGUGGCAGUCUUAAUUCAAUAGCAAAUAAUUGCUCUACCAAAUAUCGCAGAUGUUAUUAUUUGUGUUAGACCGUGCAUUGCAAAAUCAAUAAUCAAUAAUAUCUUACAAACAGUCUUUUUUUUUUUUUUUUUUUUUUUUUACAAGGUACAUACUAAAAAUAAAGACAUAUACUAGCGUGUAUAUUGAUACGCAUAGAUGAAAUGAAUUUUAUUGCUGUUAAAUGAAUGAUAUACAUCCUUGUAAAUGAUGCCAGUUUUCAUGGAAAUUAUAAAUCUAUCGCUCCAAAAAGACAACUUUUUAAAUGGAUAUAUCUGCUGUCAAUAAGUGGUUUAAGAAACAAAUUUCAAUUCCUGAGUCUUAGACAUAUAAGUUCGCGCCUUUUUAGAAUGACAGAUUUUUUUUCUUUUUUUAUUUAUUUUUUUUUUUUUUUUUUUUGAGAAUUAGGCUAACUUAAUGGCUAUUGAUUACACAUAUCAAAAGAUUUUGAGCAAAAGUUUGAUUGUUUUCUUUUUGGGUAAAAAAUGACAGAAAAUUCGAAUAGUAAAGUCGUUGUCAGUUGUGCGCGGCCGGUAUUGCACUCUACUGACUAAAACUACUAAAUUCUAAGCAUUACCUGUUGACUCCAUAAGAGCGUCCGUUCAGCUAACUGACAAUCUGCCGCUAAGCGAGAUGUUGGUCUGUCACCACCUCCUUGUUGACAGAAAAGUAAUCUUGGUCCACCGUCGGAUGCCCUACGUCCUUGUGAGGCUCGCGAUAUUCUACCAGUUAUUGGAGAUGGACUUUUAGGUGGCGGUGGAGUGCAAGAAGGUAAACUGCUGGUAAAACAAUUUGCUCCUGUAUAAUCCGGUGGACAACCAGAAUCAAAACUAGAUUCGAAAAGAUCGGACGAUGAACUGCCGCUACCACCAGCAAGGAACAACGUCGUUCGACUAGGAGGAUCAAUAGGAUCCAUAAGUGGACUAUCAAAAUGUUGUUGAUAAAGAAUAAAAGAUACAUACCCAAACGUCAAUUUCUGGACCGGCAUAAUGUUUUCCUCUAAAUACUUCUGGAGCAGCAUAAGGUGGGCUUCCGCACCAAGUACUUAAUCGUUCUCCUGGUGCAAAUCUAUUGCUAAAACCAAAAUCUGCAAUCUUAACGUUCAUUUGAGCAUCUAGGAGCAAAUUUUCAGCCUUCAAAUCUCUGUGAGCUAUGCCUGUCGCAUGGCAAUAUUCAACAGCGGAUAGGAUUUGGGCAAAUGUUGCCCGAGCUCGUGGUUCUCCCAUUCUUCCAUAUUGUGCUAUGUAAUCGAAUAUCUCUCCUUUACUUGCAUAUUCACAUACCUAAGUAGAAAAUAUAUAUAUAUAUAUAUAAAAUCACAGGUUUAGAUUAGGAUAUAUAA